GCUCCCUAUCUGCAGUAGUUAGCACAAUUUCCAUAGCCGCUGUGAAGCUUGUGACGACGGGAACUGUCUCCCGUUACCCCGCGUGCACUUAGUUUUUCCGCUGACCGCUUAGCAUUCUGUAUCGAAGUGCUCUUCCUUAACUUCAUCACUGAUCGGUUUUGUGCGAGGGCGUUCUAAAUUGGCUUGAGAUCCUAACAGGCUGUUCGGUUUCUCUGAAAGACUUUUUGUUGGUGAGUCUGUCUACUGAGCCCGUUGUGGGAAGGAUUACACAAUGGCGGAUGUGACCAUGUCUGGCCCUGAGGUCGAGACUUUCGCUUUCCAGGCGGAGAUCAAUCAAUUGUUGAGUUUGAUCAUUAACACCUUCUAUAGCAACAAGGAGAUUUUCUUGCGAGAACUCAUCAGUAAUUCCUCGGAUGCUUUGGACAAGAUUCGCUUCGAGUCCUUGACAGAUAAGAGCAAACUAGAUGGUCAGCCAGAGCUCUUUAUCCACAUUGUUCCCGAUAAGGCGAACAACACCUUGAGCAUCAUAGACAGCGGUAUUGGUAUGACGAAGGCUGACAUGGUGAACAAUUUGGGAACUAUUGCCAGAUCUGGGACGAAGGAGUUCAUGGAGGCACUUUCUGCGGGAGCUGAUGUGAGCAUGAUUGGACAGUUCGGUGUUGGUUUCUAUUCUGCAUACCUGGUUGCUGAGAAGGUCGUGGUCACCUCGAAGCACAACGACGACGAGCAGUACAUUUGGGAGUCCCAAGCAGGAGGGUCUUUCACCAUCACACGAGACACAUCGGGUGAGCCACUGGGGCGUGGUACCCAUAUCAAGCUGUAUCUGAAGGAAGACCAAUUAGAAUACUUGGAAGAGAGGAGGUUGAAGGACUUAGUGAAGAAGCACUCAGAGUUCAUCAGCUACCCUAUCUCACUGUGGACGGAGAAGACCACAGAGAAAGAGGUGUCUGACGAUGAAGACGAAGACGAUAAGAAGGACGAGGAGGGGAAGAUUGAGGAAGUUGACGAAGAGAAAGAAAAGGAUAAGAAGAAGAAAAAGGUGAAAGAGAUUUCACGCGAGUGGACGCUAAUAAACAAACAGAAACCCAUCUGGAUGCGCAAGCCGGAGGAUGUGACGAAGGAGGAGUAUGCUGCGUUCUACAAGAGCUUGACGAACGACUGGGAGGAGCACCUGGCCGUGAAGCAUUUCUCGGUCGAAGGGCAGCUGGAGUUCAAGUCGGUGCUCUUCGUGCCGAAGAGAGCUCCGUUCGAUCUGUUCGAUUCGAGGAAGAAGCAGAACAACAUAAAGCUGUACGUGAGGAGAGUGUUCAUCAUGGAUAAUUGUGAGGAGUUGAUACCCGAGUACCUGGGGUUCGUGAAGGGAGUGGUGGAUUCUGAGGAUCUCCCUCUGAACAUCUCUCGUGAAACAUUGCAGCAGAGCAAGAUUCUGAAGGUGAUCAGGAAGAACUUGGUGAAGAAGUGUAUGGAGAUGUUCUCGGAGAUCGCAGAGAACAAGGAGGAUUACCAGAAGUUCUACGAAGCAUUCUCGAAGAACUUGAAGCUGGGUAUCCAUGAGGACAGCCAGAACAGAUCAAAGCUAGCGGACUUGCUGAGGUAUCACUCAACGAAGAGCGGUGAUGAGAUGACGAGCCUGAAGGACUACGUAACCCGGAUGAAGGAGGGGCAGAAGGACAUCUACUACAUCACGGGAGAGAGCAAGAAAGCGGUGGAGAACUCUCCAUUCUUAGAGAAGCUGAAGAGGAGAGGAUACGAAGUGCUGUUCAUGGUGGAUGCGAUUGAUGAGUAUGCGGUGGGGCAAUUGAAGGAGUUUGACGGGAAGAAGCUGGUGUCGGCAACGAAGGAAGGGCUUGUGUUGGAGGAUACCGAGGAGGAGAAAAAGAAGAAGGAAGAGAAGAAGGCUCGGUUCGAGCCACUAUGCAAGACGAUUAAGGACAUUUUGGGUGACAAGGUAGAGAAGGUGGUGGUGUCGGAUAGGAUUGUGGACUCCCCUUGCGUUCUUGUGACGGGCGAGUACGGAUGGUCCGCAAAUAUGGAGAGGAUCAUGAAGGCGCAGGCGUUGCGUGACAGCAGCAUGUCGAGCUACAUGUCUUCAAAGAAGACAAUGGAGAUUAACCCGGACAAUCAGAUUAUGGAGGAGCUGCGUAAGAGAGCGGAGGUGGACAAGAAUGACAAGAGCGUGAAGGAUUUGGUAUUGUUGUUGUUCGAGACUGCUCUGUUGACGUCAGGGUUCAGUUUGGAGGAGCCGAAUACGUUCGGUAACAGAAUUCACCGGAUGUUGAAGUUGGGUCUGAGCAUUGACGAUGACGCCACGGAUGCUGACGCUGACAUGCCAGCACUGGAGGCUGAUGUCGACGAGGAGGGAUCGAAGAUGGAGGAAGUGGAUUAAGUGAAGUCUUGUUGAGCCAGAGUAGUUUAAAAAUUGAGAUAAGUUAUCACCAAUUUUGCACGGUAGCCGUAGGAAUUAAUGCUUGGAGGAGUGACUUUCUAUCCGAAGGCAAUGCUGCACAACCUUACACAGAAGGUUAUGCUUCAACCUAAGUGCAUUCACUCUACACCUCUGUGCACGAGUAGUUCAAAGAAUGUUUGUGAUAAUUGUAUAGGGCCCUACAUCCUUUGAAUAAAUAUAUCGUGGACAAUUCUAUUUUUCUA